AUGAUCGACGCGAGGUGGCGGCGCAGAAGGACUUGGUUUCGGCGGCGAAAGCGGUUGCGAAGGUUCCGGCUGGUGGCGCAUGAUUCCUCGGCGUUCUCCGUCUAUCGCCUUGCCCAUUGCUACGAACUUACCGACCUCCAACACAUCGUGAUCACCCAUCUCUGUUCCCACCUCACUCCCGCAUCCGCCUUCCCAAUCCUGCUCGCAAGCUUUGUCUUCCCCGAGCUGCAUGCCCAAGUCAAGGCGUAUUGUCUGGCCCAUUACUUUGAGAUCCUUAGUCAGCCCGAGUUCAGCGUAAUCGACAUGGGCUCCCAAGAAUGGCCAAAGCCACAUCCCGGAGAUUGA